GGAGCCGCUGCCGCCGAGUCCGGAUUCAACCUCGCGCGCCGCUGACGCCCGCCCGCCCGACGUGCACUCCCGAUUCCUUUUGGUUCUACGUCCAAAAUGGCAACUCUCAAAGAUCAGCUGAUUCAGAAUCUUCUUAAGGAAGAACAUACCCCCCAGAAUAAGAUCACAGUUGUUGGGGUUGGUGCUGUUGGCAUGGCUUGUGCCAUCAGUAUCUUAAUGAAGGACUUGGCAGAUGAACUUGCUCUUGUUGAUGUCAUGGAAGACAAACUCAAGGGAGAGAUGAUGGAUCUCCAGCACGGCAGCCUUUUCCUUAGAACACCAAAAAUUGUCUCUGGCAAAGAUUAUAAUGUGACUGCAAACUCCAAGCUGGUUAUCAUCGCAGCUGGGGCACGUCAACAAGAGGGAGAAAGCCGUCUUAAUUUGGUCCAGCGUAAUGUGAACAUUUUUAAGUUCAUCAUUCCUAAUAUCGUAAAAUAUAGCCCAAACUGCAAGUUGCUUGUCGUUUCCAAUCCAGUGGAUAUCUUGACCUAUGUGGCUUGGAAGAUAAGUGGCUUUCCCAAAAACCGUGUUAUUGGAAGUGGUUGCAAUCUGGAUUCAGCCCGGUUCCGUUACCUAAUGGGGGAAAGACUGGGAGUUCACCCAUUAAGCUGUCACGGGUGGGUCCUUGGGGAGCAUGGAGACUCCAGUGUGCCUGUAUGGAGUGGAGUGAACAUUGCUGGUGUCUCUCUGAAGAAUCUGCACCCUGACUUAGGCACUGAUGCAGAUAAGGAACAGUGGAAAGAGUGCAGAUACACUUUGGGGGAUACAAAAGGAGCUGCAGUUUUAAAGUUUUCUAAUGUACCACUUCACUGUCUAGACUAUAGCAGGAUUUUAAUUGGAGGUUGUGUAUAUUGUCCUUAUUAUCUGAUCUGUUACUCAAGUAAUAUUAAAAUGGCCUAAGAAAAAAGUCAGUUUCCUAAAGUUCCAAAUAGGAAUGGUUCACCAAACCCUACAGCUGUAUCCUGGUACUGGAUGAUACCUGUCUUUGUAGCCCUAAAUUGGUUAACGUAAGUUAGCCCCACCGUCUCAGAGGCUCCACUGCCAGAACUGAGGUUGCUCUGCACACCAGAUGUGUGUUUACUGUGUGCUCUGUCACUUCGGGUUCCUUCCCCCAACACCCGACAUGCCUAGUCCAUCUUUUCCAGUCAGUCACGUUCUGGGAUCCAAUGUAUAAAUUCAAUAUUGAGUGUAUUGUGCAUAACUGUCCUAAAGGAUCUUACUUUGUGUACCAUGUAUGUCAGAAUAUAGUGUACAUGGCCAUAUAAUGUAAAAAGACAAUGCAGCCAACUAAGUGUCAUACCAACUAAAAUACCAAAUAAAUUUUGAACGGUGACUCUUUUGAAAA